AUGUUUUUCGAUACGAGUCAUGCGAUUUGGAUCUUUGUUUUGCAUCUGGUCGUUAUUCGAUGUCAACUUCCCAAACUUCAGCCCGGCGAUUUAGCUCCAUCGUUUGCGUUACAAACACUAAAUGGGAGAAUAGUUUACAGGAAAGGCAAUUCGACUUCUAGAACGCCAAGACAUCCAGUUAUAUUUCAUUUAUUUACGAGACGUUCGGCAUUUUUAGAAGCCUUGUGGAACAAUGACACAUCGCUGGAGGAGUUCCUUGAGCUGUCCCCUGGCAAUACUCAUUAUGUUUUCAUGUCAAACGCAGAUUCUAGGUCCAUGUACGAUAUUUUAUGGAUGAGAACUCGGCUUCAUAGAGCCAUCGAGAAAUAUUAUUUAAGGUAAGUUUAUAAUGGCAUUCAUACUGAGUUGAACAUCAAAAGACAGUGGUUUUCUUGUAGUCACUCUCUAGGACACACAAGAUUUCCUCGCAUUUUUGUAAGAAUUCUUUUAAGGCCUUACAAAGAUAAAAUGUGGAGGGCACUAUACAUCUCAAAGAAGUUUGAUAAUAAUAAAUGCGUACAUGUAUAAAUCUUGCUCCUGUACGGAGCUAGGGGGGAGGGACACCCUUGCAAAAAGAGAGGGCGUGGCUCAAGAAGCUUUGUUUGACCUCUCAGACCCGUAGAGGGUACAUGAUGUGGUAAUUUUAACUGUUGUGGAGACACAGUCAUCAAGUGUUUUUUCCUUUUGUUUUGUCACUUGUAACUCUUAAAAUCUCUUUUUUCAUGGAUACCCUAAGUGAUACCAAAACGAGCUUUUUAGACCCCUCAAGAAGAUGAGAGCUUCCCGACUCAUUUCAAAUAGGAGUUUCCCCACCAGAAACAAAACAGAUUCUUGUCUAUCAACAGCCAAUAGGCUGCCCACACUCAGUGCAUGGGUAAAUGGAUAUUUUAGUUAUCUGCCCAUAUCAAAACACUACACAGCUAGAAAUUAAAUGCAACUGCUUGAGGUACUGACAUAAUUUAUAUAGCCUGUGCCAGGCUCUCAGAUAGUAUAGAAGGGACAUAAAUAAAACAGGUAAAGCAAAAAACAGUCCACUGCCCUGUCUCUCCCCAACCCCUGUGCAUUUUUCACGUCACUUUUUACUGAACAACUGCACAACUAUCUUGGAGCCUGAAACAGGCUAGACAUACAGGAGGUCCUGCCAGUGGGGAGUCCCAGGUCGCCCAUCUGAAUUUUAAAACAUCUCGUGUCGGUGUUUAUAAAUGCUUGUCGCUUAUUGUCGGCUUUGCCGUCACUGUCGAAAUUUGGCCGAGGGAGGUUUUCUCUUGUCGCAAUUUCAUUUUACGCACUGUCACUACUUUUUGGGCCAUGUCGCUUGUCAGAAUUGACCCUGACAGGGCCUCAUACAGUACUAUGCCAUAAAACAGCUUUUCAAGCUCUAAAAUGCUCUAUUUAAUACCGUAGAAUUCCAAAAAUAAGCCCCGAGGCUUAUAUUUUUUAAAGGCCCUUUUUGAGCGGCUUAUUUUUGAAGGGGCUUAUCUACAGAGGGAAAUUUGCGUUUCAAAAUCAGUUGGGCUAGCCUUAUAGUUGGAAGGAAAUUUAUGGUUUUUGCUUUGUUUUACUUCGUGUUUGAGAGCAAUUUCCGAGUACAAGCCCCCCAGGGGGCUUAUAUUUGGAGGGGCAGUUUAACGGAGGGUUUUUUGCAUUACGAGUUUGGGGGGCCUUAUAUUUGGAGGGGGUUAUUUUCAGAAUUUUACGGUAAUAUAGCUGUUGAAAGCUACUGGCAGUAAGGCUUACCUAUUUUUAAGUGUUCAAGAGAGCUCGUCGAGGGGCUUUAUGAAUACAGUUAGAGUGGAAGGUGUGGGGGAGCUCUUUUUCUCCAGAAGAAACACAAAAUGUCACUUAGAGAAAACAACAACAAGACUCCCUUUAUAUAAAAGAAUCUCACUUUGUAUUCCUGACUAUAUAACUCUAUGUAUCACACUUUAAAUUUUUACUUACAAUCUAUUAAUAAUUUCUUAAAUUAAUAAUUGUGCUUUUAUAGGAAGAUAAACCAGUUAAAACAUAGGUUUAAGAAAUCCUGUCAGCAACAAUUCUCAAGCAGUGCACAUCAUUUUUUACAUGCACACCAUGCUGACAAUGUGGAGAAAGAACCAUUUGAAAAAUUAUCUCUACUGAAACAACACCAUAGUGCUUUAAAAACUACUGCCUGUAACAAGAGCUGGACACAGUCAUGGAAGGAUCGUCUACAUUUUACCAGCCUACCAGUGUAUGAAUUUGGAAAUUGGAUUCCUUAUGCGUCAAUGCAUUGGCCUUGUUUUGGUUCGGGUUGUGCUCUUGCUCAAGUUAUAUUCAAGUCAAGGGAAGGUAUUAAAGUUAUAUUUUUCUCCAUUAUUGUGUUUGUUUAGGAAUACUGUGGUCUCUCAAUUGCACUGUAAAAUGUACCUAGUGUUUUAUUUUUAACUUGGUUUUAGGGGCUUGACAUUUGUGUUGGAUGUCACCUCGGUUUAUUCAGAGUGAGACUGCUGUUAUUUUUUAUAAGUAUGAAAUAAAGAGAAUGUUUAUUGAGAGCCCUGCCAGUAAUUUGCCCUUUUACUGUACCUAAUGACACAAAAAUUCUUGUCAGUGAUGAAAUAAUAUAUGUGCUUUGAAUCCAAAAAAAUGUACACUUUUGGAAAUAUGGGUAAAGUCCCAUCCAAAGCACAAACAAAACCAAAACUCAAAAAACUAUUCUAUCUGGGAGAUUCAGUGACCCCUACAAGAGAGUGGGAGAUUAGUGCUGUAUCCUGGAGAUUCUCACAUAAUCUGGGAGCUGAGUGGCAUAUAUAUAAGGUUAAUUUAUAUAUAUUUACAUCGAUAAUUAUUAUAGAUGUAAAUGUCUGAGGGGUUUAUUUAUGACCACCGUUUAUACACUGUAUCCACGGCUUAAUUGGUAGUUCAUUGAAUAUUACCUUUUUUCAAUAAAUGGAGGGGUGUGUGGCCGAGUGGUUAACACCUCAAACUGCGAAUCGGGAGGUGAGGGGUUCAAGCCUCGCCCGUCACAUUGUUUCAUUAGACAAGGAAAAUGGGUACCAGCAACAUACUGCUGGGGGUUAACCCUGCGAUGGACUAGCAUCCUGUCCACGAGGGAGUAUAGCAAUACUCUUUGGUGCUUCAUGCUAAUGAAACCAGGAUAAGCUCUGGCCGUUUGGGCCUUUGGCUCGUGUGCGCCUUUACCUUUUACCUUUUUUGCAAUAAAUAGUUUAUCUGAUAUCUAAUGUCUCAGUUCACCCUUCAGUGUGAUCUGAGCUUGUCAUUUCGUUUCCUUUAAGGAUUUUAAUCAGCUGCUGCUUACUUCCUUCACUCACUUUACUUUAUCGGCAUCUGCUUGUAGCAUUUCGGCUGUCACAGGGAGGUGAAGUUAUCAAUCAGCCAUCUCUCCUUCAUUAUCCUUUUGUUGCCUUGAGCUUUGAAAUCCAUUCCCUGUCACUGCUUUACCAGAGCCCCAUUAUUUGCUAAAUGUUUGGGGCUGACCCUGCCAGGUUUUCAUACCUGCUCUAGUGGUCAUGUAGCCUUUCGGAUUGUAAAGACACCAUCCUUUUUCCAGACAUAGUAAUCCUACACUUUGCUUGCUUGCAACCCCAUCAACAUCAGGGCUCAAAGAAACUCUGAAUUCCAACUUGUACUUUGGGCAAACAGCUCUCACAUUUUGCUCACACAGGGCCAUUUCUUUGCUCAUCUUAGUUAAUGAGUUUGUUGGAGGAUGAGUUGUUUGGAUCCUUGUCCAUUGGGUAUACAGCUGUAAGUGAACUUUGAAAUUUACUUACCCAGCCAGAAAAUCCACUUGUUCCGGUCUACCCAACGGGACUUUUUUCGAGCAAUAAGCAUUUCUUAAUAGGCUGCUGUAACAUCAUAAUUUAAACACAUCUUUCAUUCCUGGUGCAUAAACAACCAACACCUGCUUGCAAUUUCUAGUACUUAUAUAAAGGUUUUCAAAGUGUGGAUAUACUGUGUUUAAUGUAAAUAAGCUAUAUAUUGUCCAGUUCAAUGUAUUGUCUCUUUGUACCCACAUAGUUCAGAUAAAAAUCCUUUGUUGUUUUCUGCAUAGGUGAGGUGGUAUUGGUGGCAAAAAGACUAGAUGCAAGAUAUGACUGGCUGCCAUCGCCGCACAGUUUAAUUCACAAGCAUUCCCACUUCAUCGUUAGUUACUAUGGAAAUGCUUGCAACCUUAAGCCUGAGUGGAGAGUAGUUAAAAAACAUCUUGAUGAUGAUAAGAAACAGAAGAAGAAAAUGAGUGAAGGAAGAAUUGCACUUGUGUCUCCUGGUGAUUGCUCUUUAUUUACGAAGGUAAUUACAUUCCCAGCCUGCCAGGGAGGGGGCUUCUUCCAUAUGUUGGGUAUAUUUAAAUCAUAGGUACACGUAUAUGUAUGUGCUUCUGCAAAGUUUAUGGUUUUCAGGUAGUUUAGUUUACAAUAGAGUAUAGAAAUUAGAGUGUUUGUGCCUAGAAUAGAGCAUUAUUUCCAGGAAACUGAUUAAGCUGGUUGAAGAUUUUAAUCUUAACAAGUAAGGGACCCUUAAAAAAAUUAAAUCAUCAAAUUUUAAUUUCCUGCCAACAUAUUAAUCCUUUGUAUGUUUUAGCUGGACUGUGCCAGUGAUCUCAGUUAAUUUGUAGAAAUUAUAGCAACUCUAGGAUAUGGAAAGGAUUUAGGGAGUUCGUCAAGUUUAUAUACCGGGUUAGCAAAAUUCUGCUGAACUUACGGUGUUAGACUAAGGGAUCCAGGGUUCCAGGGGCACAUCUGGGUUAUGCUGAUGACAAAUUCUAGGCCUUCUAUCGAUUAUUAGAAACAAAAUUGUUGACUUUUUAUCUUAUUAGAUUCAGCACAUGAGCCAGGCUGGAGUUCAUUCAAUUCUCCUGUACCCUGAAGCUAAUGAACCAAUCAAGGAACUGACCUGUAACAGUCCACAGUGCUUCAUUCCACUUCAUAUAUCAGCUUCAAUGAUUUCACACAAAGAUGGCUGUCAUAUAAGAAAGCUUUUAGAUGCUAAGAUGAAGCUCUUUGUUUCCUACCAAUUUACUCCUCAAGAGAAUUUUUUCCUGGCUAUCGAUGGCCAGGGAAAACUUUCGGAAGUGGGCUUGUUUCUAUUUCCAUCUUUGAAGUUUUUGGCUUAUGAGGCAAAAUGGUGAGUAUUAAUGCUGUAGGAAUAACGUAAGAUAGGAUUAUUGAAUACAACUCUUGCCAGGCUUUCAGAUAGUAGGAACAUCACAAAAACAUGUUAGGUGAAAAUAAGCAGUUUCUUAUGUGCAGCACGGUGUACCUCUGCACUGCACAACAGGCUACAGUUGUAUGUUGAAUACAGGCAAAGCUCUCAUGGUGAAACCUUGACUAACCUGCCUACUGAACAAUUUUUCUUUGUCAUUUUAGUUUGUCAGCUUUACUGGGUACAGACCAACCAAGUGGAAGUGGGCAGGGAUGGGACUUCUAACUUCCAUGCAAGUUACCCGCCCCUCCCUACCUAUGCCCACAAGCCAUGACAUGCAUAAAGACACUAAUACUAGGGGUGGUCACUCCUUGAGUUUGUUACGUCCCUAGGGAUCCAACAUGAAAUUGAACUUGGGCCAGCCACCCAUUAGCUUGGACCACAGACAGAAAAUAAAUCCUGAUUAAGUCCAUCUGCAAAAGAUAACCAGCCCUCUAAUACUCUUCUUGCUUAUUUUGUAAGGUUCAAUUACAAAACUGAUCUUAUUCACAACCUAACUGGCAGUGCAAGAAUUAUCCCUGUGUUUAACUACUCUCAUAUGGAAGGAAAGUCUGGAGCUGUAAAAAGUAUUCAAAUACCACCUCUGGAAGGUUAGUGUUGUCUUAAACUAAAAAAGUAAACGUUCUGUGGAUUAUAUCUGAAAUUCUGGCUGUAGCAAAGCUUGGUAAUUUUUACCUGGUCUUCAGUUCACAGAAUGGCGUUGCAACUGUUAAGUUUGCUGAAGAGGUUUUAACACAAUAGUUUUCUGUCUGUGGUCCAAGCUAAUGGAGAUUUUACCACAAAAACGCGUUUUGAAGCUAGUCGAGUGGUUUUCUGGUCGCUGUCGUGCUAUAAAGAGCUAAAACUUACCACAAACCUGUUUACAGGUCGUACACUUCGCGGCCUUCUGAUCCAGAUGCAAAAUAUCUUAAAGCAAACUAUCAGCUUGCUACGGUGGCUCGUAGGGACAAAACACUUCCCAGAUUCCAAAAACACGACCCAGAAUCCAAAACACGUCCCAGAAUCCAAAAACACGUCCCAGAAUCCAAAACACGUGCCAGAAUCCAAAAACACGUCCCAGAAUCCAAAACACGUCCCAGAAUCCAAAAACACGUCCCAGAAUCCAAAACACGUCCCAGAAUCCAAAAACAUGUCCCAGACUCCGAAACACUUCCCAGAAUCCAAAAACACGUCCCAGAAUCCGAAACACUUCCCAAAAUCCAAAACACUUCCCAGAAUCCAAAAACACUUCCCAGAAUCCAAAAACACUUCCCAGAAUCCAAAACACUUCCCAGAAUUCAAAAACACGUCCCAGAAUCCGAAACACUUCCCAGAAUCCAAAAACACGUCCCAGAAUCCGAAACACUUCCCAGAAUCCAAAAAAGCUUCCCAGAAUCCAAAACACGUCCCAGAAUCCAAAAACACGACCCAGAAUCCAAAAACACGUCCCAGAAUCCAAAACACGUCCCAGAAUCCAAAAACACUUCCCAGAAUCCAAAACACUUCCCAGAAUCCAAAAACACGUCCCAGAAUCUGAAACACUUCCCAGAAUCCAAAAACACGUCCCAGAAUCAAAACACGUUCAGAAUCCAAAAACAUGUCCCAGACUCGAAACACUUCCAGAAUCCAAAAACACGUCCCAGAAUCGAAACACUUCCCAAAAUCCAAAACACUUCCCAGAAUCCAAAAACACUUCCCAGAAUCCAAAACACUUCCCAGAAUUCAAAAACACGUCCCAGAAUCCGAAACACUUCCCAGAAUCCAAAAACACGUCCCAGAAUCCGAAACACUUCCCAGAAUCCAAAAACACUUCCCAGAAUCCGAAACACUUCCCAGAAUCCGAAACACUUCUCAGAAUCCAAAAACACGACCCAGAAUCCGAAACACCUCCCAGAGUCCAAAAACACGUCCCAGAAUCCAAGGAUCAUGAUUAAUAGAAGCAACCUGUAGAAACAUAAUCCUUCUGGAAUACCCAUCGAUCCAGCCACCUAUGCAAAAUCCAGAAAGAGCUAGCUUAUCAUAUCCGUCAAUGUGCCAAACUGCGUUUGGACCUGGGCAUCUGUACUGCCUUCGUUCAAAUCGUCUUUGUCUUCUUUGAUUAACGCCAUGUGGAUCAAUAUUCUUUAAGAGUGAUCUAACAGUAUGCCUUCCAACCAAAAGAUUAUAUUUCCGCCGUAGUCGUCUCGUCAUAGUUCGAUAACCAAGGAGUUUACCUGGACCAUUCAGCUCCAAAGCAAUUGGUUGGCGUAUGUUGGCAAGUGGUGAUUGAUUGCCUUUUCUUCGCAAUCCUAGCUUCUGGUUUAUAAAUUAUUUAAAUUGUCUUAAGAGUCCAGUGAAUGCCAUGAUAAGCGGAAAGAAACAUCAAUAUGGCUGUAUAUCGAUGCCCCUGCCUCCAAUACGCAGCUACGCAUUCAUCGACUGUAUUGAAAGUUGCCGUGCAAAUACAAUCUGGUAAUCCCACAAUAUCAACCACAUUUUGAAUCAAUAAUAAUAAUAUUACUAUAGCUGGUAAUCUCAUAAUGAUCCGUGUCAGGCAGCUUGACUUGACAACCAGGCCUCCUUUGAUUGUAAGUGCAUUCUGGGAACUGUUUUUUUUGGGAAGCACUUUUGGAUUCUAGGAAGUGUUUUAGAUUCUGGGAUGUGUUUUGGAUUCUGGGACGUGUUUUUGGAUUCUGGGACGUGUUUUAGGAUUCUGGGAAGUCGUUUGGAUUCUGGGAUGUGUUUUUGGAUUCUGGGAAGUGUUUUUGGAUUCUGGGAAGUGGUCUGGAUUCUGAAACGUGUUUUUGGAUUCAGGGAAGUGUUUUGCAUUCUGGGAAGUGUUUUUGGAUUCUGGGAAGUGUUUUGGAUUCUGGGAAGUGUUUUUGGAUUCUGGGAAGUGUUUUGGAUUCUGGGAAGUGGUUUUGGAUUCUGGGAAGUGUUUUGGAUUCUGGGAAGUGUUUUUGGAUUCUGGGACGUGUUUUUGGAUUCUGGGAAGUGUUUUUGGAUUCUGGGACGUGUUUUGGUUUCUGGGAAGUGUUUUUGGAUUCUGGGACGUGUUUUGGUUUCUGGGAAGUGUUUUUGGAUUCUGGGACGUGUUUUGGUUUCUGGGAAGUGUUUUUGGAUUCUGGGACUUGUUUUGGUUUCUGGGAAGUGUUUUUGGAUUCUGGGACGUGUUUUGGUUUCUGGGAAGUGUUUUUGGAUUCUGGGACGUGUUUGGAUUCUGGGAAGUGUUUUGUCCUUAUGAGCCACCGUAGCUUGCGAUGUUCGGGCAUGCGCAGAAAGCAAAAUUUCGCUUUCUCUCCUCCCCUCUUUUUUCACUUUUCUUGCCUUAUUUUUUUUUUCUCUUGCUGGGCAUUUAGUAGGCUUCAUUUUGGUGGGAAGAGUUUUUAGGAAAGCUUUUGGGAUCUUAGGAUUAGGUGAAAGGAAAGGUUGGUGAGCAAUGGAACAAGAUUUUCAUGCAGAUUUUCAGGUCAAUGUCACAUGGUUUUUUGCUUCUUUCUCCGGUGUUCGUCGACUGAAUUGUGCUCAUUCUGAUAUGGUUUGAAAGAUCUCUUCACUCUGCACAAGUUAGCGAAGAAAGUUGUCCUUGACCGUUAAAACUGAUGACGUCACAAGGGGUAGAAAGGCCGUGGAUCCGCACGGGCGGUUACAGGCGGUUCAGGGGCGAAUGGGUUAAUAAACUUAUUACGUGGACAUGUGUGCUUUGCGAAGUGAGUCUAACUUUUGAGUCUGUGGAUGAAAUUCUAUACCUUGGGUUUCAGGGCAUAUUUUUUUCUUAUCGAUACUGAUGGUUCGCUCAUUUUGAGAACAGACCUCCGGAGCCAGGGUAGAAAUUCUAUGGUGUGACCAUUCAAAUGAAACCUCUUCGGCAGUACAUUCACAUGGUGCUAUUUGUUUAGUAUGUAGUUCUAACUUUUGAGUCUGUGAAGGAAAUCCUUUGGUGUGACCAAGACGUUUCUUUUGGGUCCAUGACUAUAGUCUGAACGUUAAACGUUGGUUACUUAAUCAAAUUACUCAUUAAUACUGUGUCUUUCUUAAUAUAGAGCUGCAACUAUACAGGAACGUGGAGUUGGAUAUGGCCUUACACUGCCCUGGCAAAAGUGAUUAUUCCUGUCCUCAUUGGGAUCAUCUUGUACGUUUAACGGUGUGUUGUGAUAAGGAAAAUCCACUUUGUGGUGAGGAGUUGGGACGAUGGAUAACACCAUACAGAAGGUCAGUAGACAGGACUUACAAGACAGACAAAAGGGGCGUUACCAUCCGACAACGGCGACGUCCAUUAAAAGGUCGCUGAAAAUUAGACUCCCCAUCCCAUUCUUUGGAACCAUUUCGUGAUUAUUCCAAGUUGCCCAGGUACUAAAAAGAAGGGAAUUUAUGUUGGAGCUGAAGCCAGGGGCCUGUGCCCGAGUUCAGGCAGAGAUGGUAGGAUUUAUCGCCUUUCGGUUUCCGUCCUCAAGAAAACUUACAAUUUGGUCAUUUCACGUCGUAGUCGUGCAGAAACGGCAAAGAAAUGUGCAAACCUGAUAAUAAACAACUGCGAGUUUUUUGAACGGCUUCAAAGUCUCUGAUAUAGAUCAACUCAUUCUUGCACUAAUAUUUAGAUUUGGGGUUAUUUUGGUGUAAAACAUUGGACAAAAAGUUUAGCCGUGUCUUUAUCAGAUAUAAAGUCACUCAUUAACAUUUUAAAACUUCUUUUUGUUUUUUGUUUAUGAAUUAUUAAUAAGAGUUUGAAUUUCGUCUUGAAGUCUAAGUUAUUAUCAGCAGCGUUAUGUCUGAUUUCUUUUUCCUCAUGUUAUUUAACAGAUCUGUAGGACGUUGGUUGACGAACAUUACACCUCUGCUCCCUCUAUUUACCUCUGAAAACUGUACUUUACAAAUGAAGCAUCCUUUUUGGGAGAGAGCCUGGAAGCCGUCUCUUAAUAUCAGACUGUCCGAUCACAUCAAAUGUAAGUAUGAAUUAUUAAGAGGGUCUACUCAGCCAGGCAGUUGCUUAUAUGGAACAGGGACAAUCGUCGAGGAAGAGCCAGGGGACCGAUAUUCCAUAUAAAGGCCUAUACGGGGAGGCUCCGCCCGAAAAGGGUGACUGGUGCAGACUUCAGGCAUUUAUAAAGGGGGAGGGUUUUUAGUUGAAGUAUAUGAAGAGGGUUGUGAAAUCAUUUAGAUAUUUAAAAGGGUCUUUAAUGAAAACAUUUCGAACAGAUAAACCUUAAAUGAUAUAUUAAGGGAUAAGGGGUUGGACCUUGGGGACAAACCCAUCCGUGUGGAACUUUGCCCCUACCCCAGGUAAGGAUAACCUCGUGAUCUUCCUUCAGGUGUCGUAAUGGCUACCUGUAAGCAGUGUAUGGAUGCAUUGUAUGUAUGUAUGUAUGUAUGUAAAUGUAGAUCAAUUGAGUUCAACACGGCGGUAGCAUGACGUUUGGAAAGGGUCUUACUUUGCCUUUUUCGUUUUCAGCCGUUAUAUUUCUCGAACGUUUUAACCAUAACUUUGGUUAAACCCUUUUUUCGAAACAUCAAAGCAAUAUUAAAGCUUCUUUCCAACAAUUGAACGCACAUUAUUAACUGGGAAAACUAUCCUUUGACCCUUUUUUUAGUUUCAAAACACCAAUACAGUGGAAAGCGCGAAGAUGAAUACAAUGUUCCUUACAAGGUCAUCAAGCUCUUCAGGGGAGGAAAAUUCGAUAAAAACUAUAACAACAACAAGAAAUACUCCCGUAUGCAUACGUUCAGAAUACCUGCAGAAACAGAACGCGUCAAACUUGUAGCGACAAUCAGCGGCCACGGCAGCGAUAAUAAUGGCUGUGCAGAAUUCUGCGUGACAUCGCAUCACUUUAUCGUCAAUGGUCAUUCAAAUGACAGAGUGUUCAAAAACGCGGCCACGGCCAUGGGGUGUGCUAACAGAGUCAGCGAAGGCGCAGUGCCGAAUGAGCACGGUACGUGGCUUUACGGGCGGGACGGCUGGUGCUGCGGAAUGGAUGUGGUGCCAUGGGUGGUAGAUAUCACCGAUCAAGUUGAAAUUGGAGGAAGAGAAAACAAAGUGAGAUACGUCGGUUUGUUUAAUGGUAAAGCCCCUAAUCCUACCAGAGAUCCGGGAAGUAUCGAGCUGAGGUCAUAUUUGGUUUAUUACAAAUCUGUGGAAGACCAGUUCUCUGGUGGUCCUUGA